CAAAGACAUGGGCAACACUCAGGUUCAGCCUCCAGAGGAAGUCUUCUGCCUCCUGGACACACAUCAGGUUUUACCGGUGAUCCAGCUCUACGUGAUGCCAUCUGUCUUCCUGGUGAUUCUGAUCCUCGGGCUUCCCCUCAACCUGCUCUCCCUCUGGGUGUUCUUCCACCGCCUGCGGCGCUGGACCCGCAGCACGGUGUUCCUCUUCAACCUGACCCUGGCUGACACCUCGUGGCUGGUGUUCCUGCCCUUCCUCAUCCACUACCACCUGGACCACCUGUACUGGAAGCUGGGGCUGGGCCUCUGCACAGGCGUGAGGAUGUUCUACCACAACUACUUCUACCUGAGCAUCUUCUUCGUCACCUGCGUCAGUGUGGACCGGUACCUGGCCAUCGUGCACCCCCUGCGCUCCCUGGUGCUGCUGGGCCGGAGGCAGACCUGCCUGCUGUGCGUGGCGGUGUGGGUGUCCGCCGUUUUCCUCAGCAUACCUGUUGCCACCAUGAGUAUGAUCCAGACUUGCCCUGGGAGCAACCGCACUGUCUGUACCCUGUACGUGAUGCUGAGUGAGACCAGAGAGAGCCUCCCCUACACCGUCGCCUGCUCCUUCGUCGGGUUCCUCCUCCCGCUGCUCUCCAUCUGUUACUGCGGCCUGCACAGCCUCAGGCAGCUGCGCCACCGGCGCGGCCGCCCAGACCCGCACCACAAGCAGCGGCGGCUCCGGCGUGUCCUGAGCACGGCCCUGGUCCUCUUUGCGCUGUUUUACCUGCCCUACCACAUGUGCCGCAACGCAGCCAUCGUGAUGCGGGCAGUGUACCCCGACAGCCCCGCAGCCUGGCAGCCUGCGGACCUGGCCUUCUCCUUGGAGAUGUGCUUCUGCGGCCUCAUCACCUGCGUCAACCCGCUGUUCAGCUGCUUCAUAGGCGGACAGUUCAGGAGGGAGUUUCACGGCGCCUUUGCUCUCAUCCUCUCCCAGUGUCCAGGCGCACAUGUGGCCUCCAGGAUCUCUAAGCGGAGCCGUCAGACGGUGAGGACGAGGCAGGGCAUGUCCACCGUCGCUCCUGUGCGCUCAGUGUCUGAAGCCAGCCAUAAGGAGCCAAGAGACAUUUAAAUGGAUCAUGUUCUCUGUUUAAUACUCUGUGUAAAAACACCAUGGAGAUGUAUAGAAAACCUGAGCAUGUCCCUUGUUUAAUCACUUGUUUUGUCUAAAAUGCCGAAUGAGAUAAAUACACGGUAUAUAACAAAGG